GCUCUAUAAAUAGUAAAAAUUAAUGAUCAUUCAUGAUUAUAUUGAAGUUUGUUAUCCCUUGUCCCUUGGACGGGAUCGAACGUGUUAGUAAAAAACACGUGUUUUAACUUCUUUCCAAGAGGACUCCUUUUUUGUUUUUGAGUCAACAUGGACUAAAGAAAGCUAGAUUAUGUUGUUCAUUCUAUCAAGGAAUUUGUGUCAAAGAAACAUUCAGCGAAGUGCAACGAACAAUCUCGUUCGUCCUAUAAGAAAUCACUGUUGUGCCUGGCAGCGUAAAAAUCUUCCCAGUCAAAGUACAGUUGACUGUAGGAAAUUACAAUGCUUACUACUGCAGAAAUGCUAUUUUCACACUACACAAAGCUUGUAUAUUCCACCAUUUGUUGCUAUAAUUUUACGUCCUGCUUUACGCGUUGGUGCGUUCCUGAUGGGACGUGGGAUAAAGAAAUGGUGGACACGCAAAUCUGAGAAAGAAAAGGAGGAAUACAAACAAUGGGUCAAAGAUAGGAGCAAUAUAAUUUUAGGUUGUUUUGGACUGUAUGGCCUUAUAUUAUUUAUUUACUAUGUAACACAUCUCGAAACUGAUCCAUUAACAAAACGUUCGAGAUUUCUAAUCUUUAACAAGGAACAGGAGAAACAAUUAGGGCAGAUGGUUCUUGAAAUUCAUUUAAAAGCUCAUAAAAAAGACUUGGUACCAAAGACUCAUCCAGCUUACAAGAGACUCUUAAGGGUGAUUGAAAAAAUUUUGGUAGCUAAUAAAGAUUUGAAGUCAAUAAGAGAUACAGAAUGGACUUUAACUGUUAUUAAUACACCACUAUCAAACUCGUAUAUUUUGCCAGGUGGAAAUAUCUUUGUCUCCUUAGAUAUCUUAAAAAUUAUAGAAAAUGAUGAUCAAUUGGCUAUUGUUUUAGCUCAUGAAAUGGCUCAUUCAUUGCUUUUACAUUCACUCGAAUCAUUGUCUGAUCAGUUAUUGUGGGACUUUUUAAUAGCAGUACCCAUAUUAUUAGUUUGGGCAUUAUUUCCCGAUGUAACGGCUUUUAUAAUUCACAUGAUAGGAGAACGAAUUAUCAAUAUUAUGUAUAAUCUUCCAUAUAGUAGAGUUUUGGAGAAUGAAGCUGAUGAAGUAGGACUUAAAUUGGCUGCAAAGGCUUGUAUUGAUAUUCGUGAAGCAGUUGUAUUUUGGGCUACAAUGAGGACGCUUACAGAAAUGCAUUUGCUUCCUCCAGAGCUACCAUGGAUAUCAUCACAUCCUAGUCAUGGAGACAGAGAGAAAAAGUUGAAUGAAGAAAUGACAACAGCAAUAGAAUUACGAAAGGAUUCAGGAUGUCCAAUAUUGCCUGCAGUAGAUCCAAGAAAUAAAUUCUACGAACGAUCGGCAAAAGAACAGGAAAUUUAUUUUAAACAAAGAGGAAUCAUUUGAUGAGGAAAUAUCAAAUAAUUUUGUCAGAUUAUCACGCGCGUGCCUAUUCAACAAAUAUGAUUUUUUCUUAAAAGUUAAAAUAUUUUUAAAGUAUAAGUCGAGUCAGUAUAUUGUAAUUUAU